UCCAGGUUAAAUUUAAAUAAAUCAGAAUUUUUUAAAUAGGCCAUUAUAUAUAUUUCUUCAGCACCACACUGACCAGAGCAACACUCCUCCUACUCCCCUCCAUCCUUUACAUAAUCCCGAUGAGAAACUGCUCAUUCUCGCCCAUCUUUGUGAGAUCUACCGCCCAUCCACCAACAUGUAGACACCCGCGUACUGACAGCAAAGCUCCAUCCACGCCGUCUGUCUGAACAGCGACUCCUGCAUCCACCCAGCCGGUCGCCACACAAACAUCCCGUCCUGUGUGCUUUCGCCAUGCUGCAGAUCGGAGAUGAGGCGGUAUAUUUCUCCGCGGUGUUUCUGCUGGUUAUGCUGGCCACGAGAAGCGCCAUUUGGGCCACUGUCCUCACCGCGUUUCUCUAUACCUUCAUGGUGAUGUUCCGCUUCCCUCCAGUGCCGGCGGACCGGGCCGCUCGAGUCCUGCGGCCCCGCGCUCCCUCCCCAGGCAGCGUCCCGGUGGUGGCGCACCGCGGAGGAAGUCACGACGCUCCGGAGAACACCUUGGCAGCGAUCAGAGAGGCAAGUAGAAAUGGGGCCACUGGAGUGGAACUGGACCUGAGUUUCACAGCCGACGGCGUCCCGGUCCUGAUGCACGAUGACACCGUGGACCGAUCCACCAAUGGGUCUGGACCGAUUAGCAAGCUUCAAUUUGUUCAGCUCAGGAGGCUCAAUGCUGCUGCUCACCACAGGAUGAAGGACAGAUUUAGUGGAGAGAAAGUUCCAACUCUGCAGGAGGCUGUGGAGGAAUGCAUCAGGCACCAGCUGAUCAUCUUCUUUGAUGUCAAAGGUCAACCUGAUAUGGCUGUAUCAGUGCUUCAUGGCAUGUUUAAGAAGUUCCCAGUACUUUACAACUCCAGCAUUGUUUCCUCCUUUGAACCCAAAGUCAUCUACAAGAUGCGUCAGACUGACCCCUAUGUGGUCACAGCUCUCACCCACCGGCCCUGGAGACUAAGCCGUUUUGGAGAUGGCACGCCUCGUUCUCUGUCGACGUGGAGUCAGCUGUGGACCAGUGUUCUGGAUGUCUUGUUGGACUGGGCCCACCAUCACGUACUGUGGAAACUUUGUGGGAUCUCUGCCAUCCUCGUGCAGAAAGACUUCAUCUCAUGGGACUAUGUUCAGUAUUGGGCAGAGCGAGGAGUGGAGGUGGUGGGCUGGACCGUUAACACUGCUGUGGAGAAGGAGUACUACCAAAACCUGCUGAAGAUCAGCUACAUGACUGACAGUCUGCUGGAGGACUGCGAUCCUCAUUACUGAAUGAUAACACACACAGACGCAUUCAUAAAACUUAAAGCUUUCUAUUACAGGUUUUUAAUAUAAACAAAUUAGAUCUUAGAAACUGGUUAGACAUAGGAUGCAAUUAAGAAGUACAGUCAUAAACUUCUACACCUGCGUACAAGUAAAUAAAAACCCAUACCUGAUUUCAAUUUGGUUCAUCUCCCCUUCAAUGCGGCACUUGCCUGAAUCUCCUCCGCUGUGUCAUAAUGGUGACCCUUCAACUUGAACUCCCUCAGAAUCCUCAGGACAUUACAGUAGACCUCGGGGCUGACAGUCUCACUUCAUGGGAAAAGUUCACAGCACACAGCCUCCCCUGGGAUUUACAUAAACUGAUCUAAAUAUAACUGCCAUGAUUGAAGCGGUGCAGCACUUCACGAGGAGCCGACUGUCAGGUGACCGGCCAGAUUCGUAUGCAGUGUGAUUUAUAUUUAUGGAAUAGCAACACUUUGGGACCCAACACACACACUUCAUUUCUCUCUUUUUUUUUUUUUUUUUUUUUUUUCAAAAAUCAUAAAAUACUGAAUGAUAAAAAUCAAUUAAAAGGUGGAAUACAGCCAGAAGUUUGGUGCUAGCAAAGUCUGUGUCGGCAACCAGCUUCAUAGACGUACACCAGUAUACAGUGCUGUGUAAAAGCCUUGAUUUUCAACCCAGUUCUUGUGUAGUUUGGUGAACCUCAGCCUUUUCUUCCUGCUUCCCUUCCUUAAGAAUGGCUUCGUGACAGCCACCCUUCCACUAAGACUAUUUCUGAUGAGGCUUCAGUGAGCAGUAGAUGGGUAGAUAGUUUUUUUUUUAGGCCUGAAACUUCUUCUUUUGUCCUCUACUUGUUCAGUUUCCUCAAAUUGUUUAAGGACACAAUGCACAGCAUGCUGAGAUAUGCCGUUAUUUGUGGCUAAUAGCUCUUUGUGAAUCACCUUGUUGGUGCAAAAUAUAAAGAAAUGCGGGUGGCUCAAGACUUUUGCACUAUACUGUAUGUUUUACUUUGAUUUGAUGAGUCACUGAGGUUACAUCCUCUAAUUACCUGUAGCUGGUACACAGGUGAAGCUGUACAAAACUUUACAAACAACACCAUGAAGGAGCAUCUGCAGACUUCUUACCUUUAUUCUACUGCCGGCAGUAAUACUUCCACCUCACCUGGUCAGGGACUAGGAUUGUUUUCUACCUGCUGUGCUGAUCUUCCACAGGUCUUGCUGAACCUUUAGAGAGAUAGUAUAGUGCUUACUUAACAUUUUGGCAUCAUAUUUACUGCUUGUGAUGAUAAAAAUGUAUUCAUGAAUGCUAAAAGAUCCCAUGUGGAUGUUCUGUGAUGUUUGGUUAUUACCUUUAACAAAUAGACAAGAAACACUGCUACAUGAAUUUAGAACUGUAAGAUAAUGAGAAUAUAAGUUGUGCGCUUCAAAGGUGCAAGAAAAUGCACCAAGUCAAAUAUUUCUAUCUUGUUUUAAUACAGCUGUCAUUAUAAGAGGGUUUACUCUGAGUUCAGUCAGAGCUGGGUCAUGAAUCAUGUGAGGUCACACAGAAACAUUGAAUUCAUUAUUAUCUUUCACAAUAUUUCUUCACUUAAUGUUUCAGUUGUGUUUCUGUGUCGAAUUGCUGCUAAUAGUAUCAUUGACAGGGUGAAACGUUGCUUUCCUUCAUUUUAUUUAAACGCUUUUGAGUUGU